UGGUCCUCCUACAUGCUCUGUGUUUAACUCCCAACACAGACAGUAUAUGACAAAACAGCAAGAGACCCAGCUGUUUGAGGUCUAAAGGAAACAGAGUAAUCUUUUUGGCUGCCUACUGCAGAACCAAGGGAAUCCCAUAGGAGACAAAACAGAUCUGGCAGGCUAUGCUUGUUUCUCUUGGAUCCCUUUCUCUGAAAAUCUACAAUCUUUCCUCAUCCUGUCCAAGCAUCAGAAGAGGCAACUGGUAGAAAAAUAAACAUCAAGAAGAAUUGAAAAUGGCAAGUGAUCAGUCUGCUUGCUAUCACUGCAUGGUCUCCCUUUGCGGAAAGAGAUACGCCACGAAAGAAGACAAUGCUUACUGUGUGAAGUGCUACGACAGCCUGUUUGCUAACAUCUGUGAAGAAUGCAAGAAGCCCAUUGAAUGUGACUUCAAGGAUCUUGCUUACAAAGGCUGCCACUGGCAUGAAGCGUGCUUCAAGUGUGCCAAGUGCCAUCAGUCUUUGGUAGAAAAGCCUUUCGCUGCCAAAGAUGAGCUCCUGCUGUGUACAGAGUGUUAUUCUAAUGAGUAUUCAUCAAAGUGCUUCCACUGCAAGAGGACCAUUAUGCCUGGUUCUCGCAAAAUGGAGUUUAAAGGAAGUUGUUGGCACGAAGCUUGCUUUGUUUGCCAACACUGUCGGCAACCGCUAGGGACAAAGCCUUUGAUUACCAAGGACAACGACAAUUAUUGUGUGCCUUGUUUUGAGAAGCAAUUUGCUCAGUGUUGUUACUCCUGCAAAAAGGUGAUAACUGCUGGCGGUGUGACCUAUCAUGACCAGCCUUGGCACAAAGAAUGCUUUCUGUGUACCGGAUGUGAGAAGCAGCUGGCAGGGCAGCGGUUCAUUUCCAAAGAUGAACAUCCCUACUGCCUUGAGUGCUUCAGCAGGCGCUACGCAAAGAAGUGUGUGGCCUGCACCAAGUCUAUUACAGCUCUCGGCGAAGCCAAAUUUAUCUCAUUUGAGGAUCGCCAGUGGCACAGUGACUGCUUUAAGUGUGGGAAAUGUUCCAGCUCACUGGUGGGAAAAGGAUUCCUAACCCAGCAGGAUGAGAUCCUCUGCUGCAAGUGCGGGAGCACCGCAUAGCUCACAAGACCUGAAAGCAAACCUUGUUAAUUUCCGUGCGCUUUAAGUAUCACAUGCAUAAUUGCUCAGUGGUCAAAAAUCUGUCUAACAAGUAUAAUUAUUGUUCAUGUGUGCAAAAUGCUUCCUGACAGACUUUCUGACACAGCUGGCAGACGUCCCUUUCAUCCUGUAUAACCACUUUAAAUAACAGGGUUUCUGCUAGGAAACAGUUAUAAAGAUAUAUUAACCUGAAAGCAUGUUUGGUUGUUUAACUGAUUGGUUGGGUGGAUGGUUCCUUGUAGUAGAGUGCACUCUACUGUUGGGAGUGCAAGAGUGUGCAAGCUUGCAACACAAACCAAUACUGUGCUCAAAUUCUAAUAAAAAGAACAUACAUGACAGCUCUGUUUAAGAAACACCAAAAUGAGAUUUUUCCGACAGCACAGUGUUUAUCACUGUCUGCGACCCUUUCUAGGCAUAUGUAGGUCAGCAACGAAGGGUGCUGUCAAACAGUAACAAAGUUGUGUGAGGAAAG